UAUUCGCAGGUAGCGGUCUGCAGGGGAAGAAGCUGUUGUUUGUUGUUGUUCAGUGUUUUAACUUCAUUCAGUGAUUUAAUGGUCAUUGAGUAGUCCUUAAGAGUCUAAACAAAAUUCUGGCUAUGUUGUCCAUAAGGAAUGCCAAUUUUUGGAAAAAUCUCCACUUUGCAACUAAACUACCUCGAGAUUUGGAAUCAAGAUCUAUUUGCGGUUCCCUGUAUUUUGAGCGGAGGCCUUUCUUCAAGAAAGAGGUCCUCAGCUGCAGUUGUUUUCUGAUUCGCCCUUUGUAUACAACUGGUAUACUUAAACUGAAGACUCUUUUUUCUGAAUCUGAACAGUCCAAAAUAAUCAAUUUUGUCAACAAAUUAGAUCCAAAAGAACUGCUUUGGCCAGGAAAACUACGACCUCUCAAUAAGAUAGCUGAGACACUGCCAACAACGGGACCAAUGACUGAUUUAAAUGAUUUAUUGGAAAGACAUGCUUUGCCCACAUCAUCUGCAGUAAGCUUAUGCAAGACUAUACUUAAGUCCAGUGGUGACCCAAGUGAAUUGCUAAGCUUUCACACUGACAAGAUUGAGAAAAAGAAACUGCGCGAAUCAAAACCCAAGUGUUCUCGCAAAUGGAAUUAUCUGAUGAAAACUGUAAAGCCUGAAAUUGCUAAUCCAAAGUCUAUUUCAUCUUUCACUAGUAUUGUCAUUGCUGACAAUUUCCUUGGGUAUGCAAUGGUUGAAAAGCAAAACGACUGGAAUUCUCAACUGCUCACUGACUGGAAUGUGUAUGAUAUUCCGGGUCCAGGUUCAUCUUCGUCUCUGACUGACAUUACUCUGAACAUAGCUAAGGUCAUUCCGGGUGGGGAACAUUAUGUAGUUGCAAAUUUGCAUCACUUUCCAAACUCCUUAAACCAGUUGAAAGUGCAUGGAGCAGUCGUAGCACUUAUAUGUGGUAAAAAUGAUUUCAGAGAAGAUUUACACCAGAGAAUCUUUGAAACGAAGUUUAGGUCAGCAGCUCGUCAUUUCAAUUUGAUUGUUGGCAAUGAGGUUGUUUCUUCGACAAAUAUGAUUUCAGAUGUCAUGUCAAGUCAAAAAAUGGCUGAAUCAGAUGAUCAUGUGUACAGGAGGAGUCUGAGAGAAAUGACCUUUGAACAACAUGCUGUAGGGAAAUAUAAUGUGUCUGAUGAUGACAUGAAGGAAUCACUCAGCCAGACCCUUUUGGUUGCCAAAGCAUUCACAGAAAUUCUCAGAGUGUAAUGGUAUGUGGAAAUGCCUUGUGAAGAGGUGACAAUGCUUCAAGAUUGUUCUUUAUACUGUCAAACUUAGGGAUAAUUGAUUUUAUAACUUUAUUUCAUGAAGGGUUUUCUUGCAAAAAGCAUGUCACUCAAACAUGGAUUAUUAUUUAAGAGGUAGAGAACAGACUGAUUAAAUUAACUUGACAUCUAUGGGUACA